AUGGCCCUCAGGCAGCGGCUGAAGAAGACAAACCAGUCCGACUCUGUUCUCGCUGAGUCAACUCACGGCCACCCAUCCCCACUCGAGGCCAGGGAUGAGCUCAAGGAUGAGCUUGAACACGUCCUUCGCCACAAACACAAAGACGAGAAGGCGGCGCACACAAGACGCUUCUAUGCGACGCGCAGGUUUCUUUUCCCACUAGGACUCUGCCUCGGUGUCCUCCUCGGCUUCAGUCUCAUUCAACCCGCCGAUUUCCAAGACUUCCAAACACACCUCGCCCUGCUCAUGGACGCGUUCGAGUUCAGGAUACCCGAAUUACCUGGUGUCGAUUUCCCCCAGUUCAACUUCACCAGCAUCGAGCGUGAGUGGCAGAGUCUGUGGGCCAACCUACCAGAGCCAUGGAAGCUUGCUGCCGAUGGUUUGGAGUUCACCGUCGGAGACAAGAUCGCUGCAGAGGGUCACUCGGCCAAGCAUCCAGUGGUGCUCGUGCCGGGAAUCAUCUCCACCGGUCUGGAAUCCUGGUCGACGGAUCCAGAGUAUAGGCCUUUCUUCCGCAAGAAGGUCUGGGGUGGCUUCUCCAUGAUCUCUCAAGUCACUUUCAACCGUGACAAAUGGAUAGCGGCUCUGAUGCUCGAUCCAGUCACCGGGCUGGAUCCUCCUGGUGUUCGAGUCCGUGCGGCGGAAGGAAUCGACGCUGCCAGCAGCUUUGUCCAAGGGUACUGGCUCUGGUGCGUGUCGAAAAUCAUAGAGAACCUCGCAGUUGUCGGAUACGACACGAACAAGUUACACCUCGCCCCGUACGACUGGCGUUUGUCAUUUCACAAUUUAGAAGUACGGGAUGGGUAUUUCUCCAAGCUCCGGACAACGAUCGAGGGCUUUGUGCAACGUGAAGAUCGCAAAGUCGUCUUGACAGCGCACUCGAUGGGUAGCACGUAUUUCAUGAAAUGGGUGGAGUCCCCCCUUCACGGCAAGGGCGGGCCCGACUGGGUCGAGAACCACAUUGAGGCGGUGAUCCACAUUGCUGGCACUCAUCUUGUAAGCCAACUUGGUCCAAUGUCCGCUCUCCUCUCUGCGGAGAUGAAGGACACAGUCGAACUCAAUCCCGCAGGCGCAUACGUGCUCGAGAAGUUCUUUUCCCGCAAAGAGCGGCAGAAACUUUUCCGUAGCUGGGCGGGCAGUGCAAGUAUGUGGGUAAAGGGCGGAGACGACGUCUGGGGUGGCCAUGACUGGGCUCCGGAUGAUCUGCCGGAUGCAAAAUACUCUCAUGGCUCUUUGAUCUCUUUCCGAGCCGGUUCUACAGCUUUGGAGAGCUUAGACGACGACUUACACAACAUGACAUCCAGUCAGGCUGGGACGUGGAUAUUAGGACGCACACCUACUAGUUUCCAGAAAAUGUUGGCAAGCAACUACUCUUACGGUAUUGAGCGAGACAUCGAGAAGCUCAAGGCAAACAACCUGGACCACACCAAGUGGACGAACCCGCUCGAAGUGCAGCUCCCAAACGCGCCGUCGAUGAAGAUCUACUGCGUGUACGGACACGGCAAGGUGACGGAGCGCUCGUACUGGUACACCCAGCGCUCAUACGAGUACGACGACGUGCAGCCGGACGACCCGCGCGAGCUCUGCACGGACGCGGACGCGGCGGGCGGCGGCGAGUGCACGUCGCCGCGCGCCGGGCUCGACAUGCCGCUCGCGCGCGCGACGGCGAUCGACGCCGAGUUCACGGACGACGGCGCGCGCCCGCCGAUCCUCAACGGCGUCAAGAUGGGCGAGGGCGACGGCACGGUGAGCCUGCUCAGCCUCGGCGCGAUGUGCGUCGAGGGCUGGAAGCGCGAGCGGUGGAACCCGGCCGGGAUUCGGGUCACGACCGUCGAGCUCCCGCACAACCCGGUCUCGACGGUCCCUCGCGGGGGCGGCCUGUCGGGCGAGCACGUGGACGUGCUGGGCAACACGGCGCUCAACGAGAUCAUCCUCAAGGUCGCGACGGGCGCGGCCGACGACGUGCAGGACCACUUCGUGUCCAACAUCCGCGAGUAUGCGAAGCGGGUGCGGUGGGACACCUGA